AUGUUCAAAAUCUCAGCUUUUCUCAUUAUUUUCUUAAUUCUGAAAUUGUCAUCUGUGAAUUCAGUAUGCGUGGAUACAAGCACACAGUAUGUUUCAAAAAUAAAAUUGCGACUUUGAAAAUAAUUUUGAAAAAUGUUCCAGUUGCGCUGGAUGGGUCAAAAAUGGUUUCUGCAAAAGUUCAAACUACAAACAAGCUCAAGUUUUGAAAUAUUGCGCUAAAAGUUGUAAUUUAUGUGAAACUUCUACUUCCUCAACUUCUGCAUCUUCUUCAACUUCUCCAACUUCCUCAACAACUUCAGCAACUUCUGUCUGCAAAGACACUGAAGAAAACUGCGCAGAAUGGAUCGCUAAUGAUUUUUGUACUUCUGAUUUCUACAUCGAUGCUGAAAAAUUAGCACAGUGUGGAAAAACGUGUGGAUUGUGUUGA